GAUGAACAUAAGAAAUACUAAAAAAAGAUUAAGCUUUACAAUUCUAAUUUCUUAUCUAAUUCAAUAAAUUGUCAAUAAAUUCGUACAAAAAAUAAUGCUUCUGCAGUAUAAUCACUUGAGUUUAAUUAGUUUAAAAAUUUGGAUCGUAUACUUCCACAGAUGUUAAAAUUCUUUAAAAAAAUCAAUAUUGUUCUAAAAAUGAUUUUAAGCAAAAAUUUGGCGAUAAUGUUCUGCUAUUCAAAACAACUUUAAUUUGUUUUCUAACAAGUUGGAAAUCAAAUAUUUCAUAUUAUUUGAUUAAAAAAGAAAAUUAGAAAAGAAUAUUAUUGAAAAAAUUUUAUAAUUCGAAUAUGAACUUCUUUAUCAAAUUAUUGAAUGAAGUAAAGAAGGAUAAAGAUAUUUCUGUAUUCGAAGAACCUUAACUAAAAACUUUAGAGUUGUUGAUACAAAACAAAAGGAUUGGUUAGAAUAAGAAAUACUUCAUUAUUGAUGAUUGAA